AUGAUUGUGCCAACCUCACCUCGUUCGCAACCAUCAUUGAUUCUUGGUAAAAGAGGAGAAUCCCUCCUCUCCUCCAACUCUGUGCACCAAAACACUGAUCACCAAACAAAUAAUGCCUUCAAACAAUCCCUUCUUGAUAAGAAACAUCAUUACCUACCACCACAACAACAAGUGUUUUUAUGUUAUGAGAGAAUGCCUUCAUCACUGCCUGUUUUUCAACAAUUAGAUCAAAAUUCAACUUGGCCUACAAUAGAAAACAAUUCUUGUAAUUGUCCUUCACCACCAGCUAUUAUACCUCCUCCUAAGAAUACAUAUUAUAAUAACAACCCUAAUAGAAACUCAUCGAUACCAACCACUACAAAUAAUCAUCACCACUCAAUAACCAAUUGUUAUGCUGCCCAGCAAAUCCCCUCUUUUGGUAAUAUGGUUCACCAUAUUGUAGAAAAGGGAUUUCACCACCACAACCCAAAUAACAAACGAACAAGGGAUGAUAAUCAAGAUGAUGCCAAUAGCACAGAUGAUAACCGACAAUACCAAUCAGAUAUUGUGCCAAUGACCAAUACUCAAAAGAGAAAGAUUGAUAAUUCCUCCUCGACACUUAAAUCUGAACCAACAGGAUAUCAACCUUUGGAAGAUUCUACUCUUCUCUUUUUGAUGGAUCUUGUAUGUAAAGUCGUUGAAAAGAAGGAACCUGUACAUUCACCCAAUUUCAAUUUGUCCUCGGAUCUGAUAUCGUGUAGUGUAAGCAGUAAUAAUAGUCAUUGCUCAAGUCCACAAACAACACGAUCAGUUAAAUCCUCUCCAAUACCUAUUGCCAAUGAUGAGUAUUCAAAUCAUGCUAGUAACAAUGAUGCUGUAUCUCAUCAGUCAUCAUCUUUAUCAUCUUUACAAGAACAGAACAGAAGCAAAAAGCCACACCGAACAAGUGUCUUGACAAUAAAAGAGUUGUUGAACUAA